CGGAGUGGGGCUCUGUUUGCUCUCAAUCUGCUGCUGCCCUGUGCCCUCCAUCCCUCUUGCUUAGACGGGCUGACACUGAGCGGGAGUUAUCCGACGAGGACUGAGGAGGAUGGCGAAGCAGAUCCGCUACCGAUGAAGGAAGUCGGAUSUAGACGCUGAGCCAGAGGAGAGCCCUGGCAGCAGCAGCAGCAGCAGUAGCAGCAACAGCAGAAGGGCUGUAGAUGCUCUCUCCUCAGGUGCGGCUCCAGCCCAGGCUUCUGCUGGAGAGCCGGGUGAAAGAGGGGACAGCUCCUGCUCUGACUCUGACAACCUUAUAGACUCUAGUUCCAGUGAGGAGGAGGAGGACAAAGUAGAAGAAGCAGACCCAGCCAUGUUCUCCUCCAAAUUUCUCAGUGGGGCGAAUCCCCUGAAUGCUAUGUCUUCUGCUGUGAAUAAGUUUGGCUUGUUCGGAGAUGAUGGGGAAGGGGAUAAAAAGUCACCUCCUCAACAGGGGAGGAAAGCGUCAGGAGAACCACAACCCGGACCUGGCMCUGGAAAGAACACGCAACAAGAACAGGCACCCCAAAAAUCCAACCAGGGUCCCCUUAUGCAAAAAKCCCAGCCUCUCCCUAAACAGGGAUCACCACAGCAACGUGGCAAUGGACAGACAGCUCCACCAACAAACAAACCUGCAGGASAACAAACUAAAGAUCCACCCCAGCAGAGUUCACCAAAGCCUGGAGUUCAACAUCAGGUUCCAGCAAAGGAUGGAGCACAACCGGUAUCUUCAAAACAGGUUCCACCCAAGUUGAAAGAACAACAGGACCCUGCUAAGGGUAGUGUACAAAAUCAAGAACUUUUAAAGGCUGGGGUACAGGGUCCCACAAAGACUGGGCCAGAGAUUGUAAGCCAACAACAGCAGUCAUCACCAAAAACUAGACAACAACAGCACUCACCUAAGGUAGGACAACAGCAGAAAGGGGGCAAAAAUCAGAUAUCCGAUAAACACCAAGACAUUAAGUGCCCAGGCACACCUGAAAUGACACCUGUUGGAUCUCCGUCAUUGGGAGCAACAAAAGCCAAACCUCAGUCAAAAGCAGUUUCUAAACCUCUUUGCCCAGUGUGCAACACAACAGAACUUAAUAUCCAUACCAAGGAAUCACCUAACUACAAAACCUGCACACAGUGUAAAACUGAGGUGUGCAGCUUAUGUGGCUUCAGUCCUCCAGAYACUGAUGGGCAUGAGUGGCUUUGCCUAAACUGCCAAAUACAAAGAGCUCAAGGAACUUCAGAGCCACCAGGACCUCCUAAAAAAAGGCYGUCUGCUCCUCAAAACCAGAAAKYACCACCUGGUGAACCUACAAGAAAGGACAUUUCAGCACCAGGUUCAUCACCGAAACUACAGUCUAAACCAACAAAAGUGCCAGCCAGCGAUGAACCUCCAAAAGGACCAGAAAAUCCGAAACAAGGUGCCAGUUUAGGUCAAGCUCAGAGAAUGACACCAGAAACUCAGCGAGCAUCAGGAUCGCCAAAAAUGCAUCGGAGUGGUCAACCUGGCCAAACGCAAGGCAGGGUCUCUCCAGCUCCACAGCAGGCAUCUGGAGGUUUAUUUGGCUUUAGUAGUGGUGCUAAAAGUGAAUCUGCAAAACCAGAUGAGUCCGUAACUGGGAAGAUGUUUGGUUUUGGUUCCUCUCUUUUUAGUUCUGCAUCUACCUUAAUUGGCUCAGCUGUUCAGGAUGAACCCAAAAUCACACCACCAGUUUCUCCCAAAAUGCAGCUCACAAAGGACAGUAAGGCAGCUUCUGGCCAAAAGUUAGAACUAGAAAAAAAGCAGCAGCAACCUCAGUCAGCAGCGCAGAAAGCAGGAAAAUCCUCUGCGGAGGGUCCAAAGGCAGCAACAGCCUCCCUCAAUCCUAUCGACAAGGGCCAAUCCAUUUGUCCGAUUUGUAAGAUGGUGCUUAAUGUUGGCUCAAAGGAUCCUCCCAACUUCAACAGCUGCACAGAAUGCAAAAGCACUGUCUGCAAUCAGUGUGGAUUCAACCCCAUGCCAAAUGUAAAAAAGGAAAAGGAGUGGCUUUGUCUGAAUUGCCAGGUGAAACGAGCUGCUGCAGGAACUGAACCACAGAAAGAAACGCUCUUGGCCGAUUCAUUUAAAAAGACAACUGCAACAUCACCUGGACCUGAAAGGACUUCUGCUCCUGGUUCUCCUCAGAAAAAAGAAUCAACAGUAGCUGUAAAACAAGUCAAGACUGAAGGACCAGUAAGCCAAAGGCAAGCUGGCCAACCUCCUGGACAAAAGAUGCCUCAGCAGAGCCAAAGGAUAGAUCCUCAGAAACAAACCGGCCAGACCAUCAAGCCUCCACAAAAAACUGGAAAUGCCACAACGCAAGAGUCUGGUGGCCUCUUUGGUUUUGGUGCUCCUAAAAGUCAAAGUGAUGCAGCAAAACCUGCGGAAUCAGUGACUGGGAAAAUGUUUGGUUUUGGUACCUCUAUCUUUAGCUCGGCUUCAACUUUGAUUACUUCAGCUGUCCAAGAUGAUCCCAAACCUACAACACCUGUUUCUCCAAAGUUGUCCCCUGCAAAGGAUCCCAAAUCUCUCACAGUCAAAAAGCAAGAGCAGGAGAAAAAGUCACAGCAGGUACAGCAAACCCCGGGUCCCACACCAGUGCAGCCAAAAGCAGAUAAACCUCCUUCAGAACUGCCAAAGAAAGAAUCAGCCUCACCACUUAUUUCCAGAAUAUCUGAUUCCAACUGUCCUCUCUGUAAAGUAAAACUGAAUGUGGGCACCAAGGACCCUCCAAACUAUAGUACCUGCACAGAGUGCAGAAUCGUCGUCUGUAACCAAUGUGGAUUUAAUCCCACACCAAAUGUAAAGGAGAUCAAAGAGUGGUUAUGUCUCAACUGCCAGGUGCAAAGAGCACUUGGAGCAUCUGAGCCUCCAGGAACACCUGUGAUGAAAUUACGAACCUCUCCAAACAACACACCUGCAUCUGCUGAUGCUAUGAGGAAAGAAACACCCUUACAAGAGAAAGAAAUUUCAGUACCUGCUAAUUCUAAGGAAUUAGGCUCCCCACAGCACAAAUCACAAAAAUCAGUUGAGCAAUCAGCAAAGGCCGAAGUCAAGAAAGGACCCGAAUUAAGAAAACGGGUCACACCAGAAGCCAGUCAAAAAAUUCUGGAACAAGACCAAAAGACAGGUUACAAUAAGCCAUCAGACCAGACAAGUCAAACAGAACAAAAAAAGAGUGGUAUUACAUCAACAAAAGAGGAAGAUGGGAGGUCCUUAAAAUCUGGUGGUUCCAAACCUCAACCAGAAGCUGGAAAACCUACUGAGUCACUUGGAGGAAAAAUGUUUGGCUUUGGUUCUUCAAUGUUGAGUUCUGCUUCAAAUUUUAUAACCUCUGCAGUACAAGAUGAAUCAAAAACACCACCAGUUUCUCCCAAACUUCCAGCAGCCAAGGGAACCAAAUCAAUUCCAGUUCAGAAAUAUGACUCAGAGAAGAAACCAGAGCAAGUUCAGCAAACUAGUCACUCUCCAUUGCUGCAAGCCAAAGUAAAUAAAGAUGUAAUAUCUUCAGAUAGUCAAAAGACUGRCCACUCUACCUGUCCUCUAUGUAAGACUGAACUCAAUAUUGCUUCCAAAGAUCCUCCCAACUACAAAAAAUGCACAGAAUGCAAGACCACUGUGUGCAACCAGUGUGGAUUUAACCCAAUGCCAAAUGUGUCAGAGGUCAAAGAAUGGCUAUGUUUGAACUGCCAGAUGCAAAGAGCUCUCAGUGCCUCUGAUGUCAGUGGACCUUCCAUAAAACCAGAGACUGAAACAAACAAAGGUUCAUCGUUAACGGUACGUCAGAAAAUCCCACUUCCUAAACAAGAGGAAAGUCUAAAGAAGGAAUUGUCUGACAAAAAGAUAGAAGCCCCACUACCUGAUCCAUCUAAACAGGAGAGGAGCUCCACAACUGCUUCUCCUCAUAGAACACAACAUGCAGUUGUACCACCUGCUGCUAAAGAAACAGAAGCGAAAAUACAGCCCAGCCCAAGCACUGGUCAAUCUCCUCCAACUGUCCAAAGAGUAACAAGUACCCAGAGACAGACUGUCCAGAAAAGUGAGUGUGACCCAAAAUACAUGAAGGUGAAACCAGAUGUUCAAGAGGAAUCAGAAAGAACAACUCUCUCAAAAGAUACUAAAACAGUAUCUGAGGCCUCAAAAACAACCGAAUCCUUGGGUGGAAAGAUGUUUGGAUUUGGUUCAUCUAUUUUCAGCUCGGCAUCAAAUCUGAUAUCGGCUGCUGAAUCACGAACUACACCACCUGGCUCUCGUAAGAUGUCUGCACCACCCCAACUCUCUGGCAAAAUGUCUGUCUCACCAAAGAUUUCACCAAAAAGUACACCUACAGUUUCUCCCAAAAUGUCACCAGCUAGAGAGCCAAAGGUUCUUUCUGCGAGACCAGGGGAACCGCAGCUGAAGAAAGAAGACAAAGCUCUAUCACAGCCACAUGUAGGAACAGUCUCUCCAAGAUGUUCAGAUGGAGGGCCAAUCUGUCCACUGUGUAAGGGUGAGAUGAACAUCGGCUCUAAGCAGACUCCAAAUUACAAUACCUGCACUGAAUGCAAGACCACAGUUUGUAACCAAUGUGGAUUUAACCCCAUGCCCAUGGGUGAGGUAAAAGAGUGGCUGUGUCUCACAUGUCAGGUGAAGAGAGCAGUUGGACCAUCUGAACCUCCAGGCCCUCCUGCUUUAAAGUCCCAAACCUCACCCAGUAAAUUUCCUCCACCCACUGAUGUUCAGAUGAAAGAUGCCUCCAAACUCACUUCUUCUCCAAAAAAGGAUGGUCUCGAUGUUGUGGAGMAAUCUAGAGAACCUUCAGGGAGAGUUUCACCACAGAGAAAACAGUCAGUGCCAUUAAGCAAACCUCCAUCUUGUGAUGCUCCUCUAAAACAAGUUAGCCCAGCACAAGAUCAGAAAGCACCUCAAGAAAAACUAAAAGCCGAAGAAAAGAAACCAUCAGAUCUGGCAAACCAACAUGAACGCAGACGGAGUAGCACUACUCCAGCAAAACAGCAAGAGUCCGGAGGCUUCUUUGGCUUUGUUGAAUCGAAACCUCAGUCAGAAGGAGCAAAGGCUGCCGAGUCAGUGGGUGGGAAGAUGUUAGGCUUCAGUUCAUCCAUAUUUAGUUCUGCUUCUACCUCAUUAACCUCAGCGUUGAAGGACCAGCUCAAUACAACACCACCAGUUUCUCCCAAGAUGUCUCCUUCAAAAGAGGCAAAAUCACCUACAGCUCCAAAAGUAGAACAGGAGAAAAAGUCACAACAGCAACAGCAGUCAGAGGAUCAGUCAACUGCAGAACCAAAAUCAAAUGAGAUCAAGCCUUCUGCUUCCCAAAAGCUUGAGCAGCAGAAGAAAGCAGAGACAUCCUUGCAGUCAAAGACCCUUCCAUCAGUACAGGUUAAAGUGGAGAAAACCUCAUCAGAGGUUUUGAAAUCUGAAGCAGGUACCCAUGCAAGUGUCAAACUAGAACACUCCACCUGUCCACUGUGUAAGAUCAAACUCAACAUAGGCUCCAAGGAUCCACCCAAUUAUAAUGCAUGCACACAGUGCAAGAACACAGUGUGUAACCAGUGUGGAUUUCAACCAAUGCCAAGCAAAACUGCGGUUGAGUGGUUGUGUCUCACCUGUCAGAUGGAACGAGCCCUGGAAGUGACAGAGCCUCCAGGAGUUACUUCUCUCAAGCCUCAGGCAAAAUCCCAAGCAGGCAUCACCAGCCCAGCUGAGCCUGAAAAGAAAGUCUCCUCCGCACCACAGUCACCUCAGAGGAAAUUAUCUUCACCAGCACAGCCCCCUGAGACAGCUGACAAGCAAGUGGUUAAUAAACAGGCUAGCCCAGUUCCUUCUAAGAAAACCCUACAAGAACAGCAGAAAACAUCAGGCCCAAGCAAAUCACCAGACCAGACAAGGCAAGCUGAACAGAAGCAGAGCAAUGUGACGGGGGUGCCACAGAAAGAUUCAGGUAGCUUCUUUGGAUUAGGCAAGGGUAAAACUCAGCCUAAUGUGGACAAACCAGUGGAGUCUGUCUCUGGAAAAAUGCUUGGCUUUGGUUCAUCCAUUUUCAGCUCUGCAUCUACCUUAAUCACUUCAGCUGUUCAAGAUCAACCUAAGACCACUCCACCAGUAUCUCCCAAGUUAUCCCCUGCAAAAGAAGUCAAAUCCCAUGCUGCCCAAAAGAAGGAGCAGCCAGAACCUCAGCAGCCUAAGGCACCUGCUUUGGUGCAAGUCAAAGAUGACAAGGCUCAGCCAGAAACUUCUAAGACUAUAGAAGCUUCCAAAGGUGCCAUCAAACUAAACACUAGCUGUGUGCUCUGUAAGGCUGAACUUAACAUGGGGUCCAAGGAUCCACCUAACUACAAUACCUGCACCGAAUGCAAAAACACAGUUUGUAAUCAGUGUGGAUUUGACCCCAUGCCAAACCAGUUAGAGGUGAAAGAAUGGUUGUGUUUGACUUGCCAAAUGCAAAGAGCUCUGGCAGCAGCCGACUCCGUACAGCCUCCUCUGAAGAAAGUUCAGGGAUCACCGAGCCAAGUUUCCUCACCUGGUACUGUCAAAAAAGAUGUGACCAAUGAAAGGAAACACAGUAUUCCUAAAGAAGGAACUGAAGUUAUUGACAAAACACAAGGUGCGCCUCAAAAGAAAGACAUAUUGCAAACGUCUGCCUCAUUGGCAUCAAAAGAUAAAACAGCUUCAGCCUCAGGUCUAGCAAAAGAUGAGAAAACCAAUUUACUUUCUACUGAGGGUACUCUAAAGUAUUUGGUUCCUCAAAGUGAAGAGGUAGGGACUGUUGUUUCUGAUGUCAAACAACCAAUGCCUACACAAGGUCCUCCUAUUGCCACAGACAAGAAGACAACUCCACUACCUCAAGACACAUUCGAAAAUGAGGAGAAAUUUGAAACUAUAAAGACAUCAGCUGGACAACUUUUCAAAUCCAUGGAGGACGUAAAACAAUACCAAGCCAAAGAACCUCAAAGAAAAGGUUCAGUAGUAGAGGUCAAAGAAGAUGAUGAGCAGAAAACGCAUGUCAAAAAGAUACCAGACAAACCUCAGGAGCUUAAAGUUAAUCCAACAGGGCAGAAAGAAGAUGGUAAAGGCCAGAUGGAAUUGACAAAACAGGCUCAAGUUGCUUGUCCACUCUGCAAAGUGGAGCUCACCAUUGACUCCAAGAAUCCUCCCAACUUCAACACCUGCACUGACUGCAAAGCCAUGGUUUGCAACAAAUGUGGAUUUAGUCCAAUGCCAAAUAUCUCUAAGGCAAAGGAAUGGUUGUGUCUCAACUGUCAGAUGCAGAGAGCUCUUGGAGCUUCUGAACCCCCAGGCCUCCCAAUGAUGAAAACACAACCUUCACCAAGCAAAGAUAUCCCUGCCCAUAAACAGAAGAAAGAAAUCCCAACUGCUAAUAUUUCCAAGCAAGAGAUUUCUGAGCCAGUCACUGACCCUGCUAACAUUAUUAUGGCCAGAGAAACAGAACUCCUUCCUGUUAGUGAACCAACAAAGGAGGUCUCUUGUGCAUCUGCUUCAGUCCCUGAUGAAAGUGGUCCACCAACUGUCACAAAUGUAGAUGUUUUACCAGCCUCACAAAAGCCAUGUUCAGAUGUGCCGAAAGUACAACCGGACACACCACAGCAACAAACUCAGAAAGUUCCUUCUUCUAAUAAGCCUGCUAUUCCAACAGAUCAAGCAAAAGGUGGUCCACCUACAGACAAACCUACCUCUACACCACAGCAGAAGGGAACAAAACAACCCACAACACAUCCUAAGAAACCUGAGAGCUCUCUUAUGUCUGCAUCGCCAUCAGUUCAGGCUACAAAACCAGAGUCAGGUAGCUUCUUUGGCUUUGGGGGCCCUAAAACACAGCCUACAACAGAAAAACCUGCAGACUCAGUUACUGGAAAGAUGUUUGGCUUUGGCUCAUCUUUCUUAAGUUCUGCAUCCAAUCUGAUUACUUCAGCUGUUCAAGAUGAACCUAAAACUACACCGCCUACUCCUCGUAAGAUGUCCGCCACAGAUAGAGUCUCUCCAAAGCCUACACCACCAGCUUCUCCUAAAACAUUACCAGCAAGGGAUGCUAAGGUAACUUCUGUGCAGAAGACUGAGGACAAGAAUUCUGAGAAACCACAGCAGACUAAAAAUCUUCCAACAGAACCAGCCAAAGUGACAAAAUCACCAUCAGACAACUCUAAAGUACCACUAAACGGGCAAGAUGCUUCUAAGACUGAUCUGUCAGUGUGCCCACUUUGUAAGAUCAAGCUAAAUUUUGACUCCAAAGAUCUUAAAAACUACAACACUUGCACAGAGUGCAAGACUACAGUUUGCAACCAGUGUGGAUUUGAUGCAAUCUCAAAUAUAUCAGAGACAAAGGAAUGGCUUUGUCUAAAUUGCCAGAUGCAGAGGGCAUUGAAAGCCUCGGAGUCAACUGUAGCUCCCGUGGCAAAACAGACACCAAGCGAAAUUCCACGGUCUUCCCCUGUUGUACAGAAGGAAACCGUUACACCAAUCAAGCAUAUCCAAAAAGAUUCCAUGGAAGCUGCAACCCCAUUGCCAACUGCUGCUCCACCUCAGCAGGAUUCUGUCAAAAAGGUGCCAGUGGUUUCAGGUUCUGACCAGCAAAAACCAAAUGAAAAACUACAACAAAUGAAGAUUACUCAAAGCACCAAAUCAGAAGUAAAGAAAGAUGUUGGAAAACAAGACAUUGGGAAAGUACAGCAACAGCCUGCAAAGCUACCCACACAGCCAACCAAAAUGGCUCCACCAGUUCAGCCUAUUAAACAAGAAUCUGGGGGCUUCUUUGGAUUUGGUGCACCUAAGGCACCAGUGGCAGCAGCGAAAUCUGCUGAAUCAGUGACUGGGAAGAUGUUUGGCUUUGGCUCAUCUUUUCUUAGUUCUGCAUCUACACUAAUUCAAUCAGCUGUUCAGGAUGAACAUAAAACUACACCACCUACUCCAAGGAAGAUGUCCACUACUGUUCCUACCUCACCUAAAGUCACACCACCAGUUUCUCCUAAGAUACCCCCUGCCAAAGAUACAAAAAUGCCUGCUACACAGACAUCAGAGCCACUUCAGCAAGACAAGCCUACUCCACCAACUUUGCAAGACAAACCUGCUCCACCACCAAAACAGGACAAGCCUGCUCCACUACCACAACAGGACAAGCCUGCUCCACCACCAAAACAGGACAAGCCCAUGCCACCACUUUCACAGACCAAGCCUACGUCACCACCGUUGCAAGACAAGCCUGCUCCACAACCACAACAGGACAAGCCCAUGCCACCACUUUCACAGACCAAGCCUACUUUACCACCAUUGCAAGACAAGCCUGCUCCACCACCUUUGCAAGACAAGCCUGCUCCUCCACCUCAAAAAGACGAGCCUGCUCUACCACAACAGGACAUGCCUGUUCCACCCCCUCAAAAAGACAAGGCUGCUCCACCCCCUCUAAAAGACAAGCCUGCUCCACCCCCUCUAAAAGACAAGCCUGCUCCACCCCCUCUAAAAGAUAAGCCUGCUCCACCACCUCAACAAGACCAGCCUGCUCCAUCUCCUCCACAGACCAGACCUACUCCAUCACUUCAAGAAAAAAUAGAAGAUUCACCACUGUCCACAGAGGUGAACAAGGUUCUUCCUACACCAAGUGUGUCCACCUGUCCUCUUUGUGAGGCUGAACUGAAUGUGGGAUCAACAGAUAGUCCAAAUUACAACACCUGCACUGAAUGCAAAAACACUGUCUGCAAUUUCUGUGGAUUUAAUCCCAUGCCCCAUACUGCAAAAAAGGAAUGGUUGUGCUUGAGCUGCCAAACUCAAAGAGCUUUGUCAGGACAACUUGGAGAUUCACAACAAAAGUCUCAACCUACAYAUGUGCCUGCCAAACCAGAAAUCCAGGCAACAUCAACUUCUGACAUGGCAGCGUCCAAAACCUCACCCGUCAAAAUUGAGCUCACAACUGAAGUCACGGCACCAAAACCUGUACCUGCCCCUACUGAAGGAGUACAAAUAAUUUCAGCUACAACACCGAAGGAAGAACCUGCCAAGAUAAAAAACUUAGCUCCUGAUCCUUCCAAGGAAAAAGAACUGGAGAGAAAACAGUUAGUCACCUUGACAGAUGUUUCAUCUGUUGCCUCAGAUAAACAGUCUUUUGAAGAUUCCAUUCAAGAACCUGUAGUAGCAAAGCCUGAUGUGUCAAGCACCAAAACGUCUGWCAUGGAAACUGUUAAAGAGGAGAAACUGCAACCAUGGUUACAAGAACAGGAGAAGGCAGUGGAAUCUGGACAAAUAAUAGCAGCUGAUAGCAAGGAACCGGAUGAUAAGAUGAUUGAAAAGAUUAUUGACAUCUCAACUCAAGUUUCACAGCCUCUCCCUACAGCGAGACUGGCCUCAGUUGAAACCAAAGAGGAGUCAGCAGAAAAGAGAAGAGAUCUCYCUCAAACCGAGCAAGCAGCAAAUACACCCAGUUUUGGAAAAGAAGAGUAUGACGAUGAUCAACCCCAGAUUGUACCUGUCCUUCAAGAACAGCCAGAGACGAAGAUUUAUGAUACAGCGAAGAAUGAUUCAAGUACAGAUCACUCUAUGCCAGAAAAAGAGGAAGUUAAACCAGAGAGAAGGCGUUUAAGUUUCCAACCAAUGGAGAGCAGUGAAAGUGAAGUUACGCCAUCACCUAAAAUUGGAAGGAGGACCUUAAAGGUUAGCACCGUUUCAUCUAGCAGUGAGGACAAAACUGAAGGUGCUGAUUCUUCCAUAGAAGAUGAUGAGUUCAUCCGCAAUCAGAUUUUGGGUAUGGGAGAUGAGAAAGACAUGUCCAUAUCRGAAGAUGAGAAAGAAAGUAACUUAGAAAAUGUGGAAACUUUCCAGARUAAUACACUUGACAACGCUUCUAUCAAAGACACAUCUGUAUUGAACAWGGGUGAAUCAGAUAUUAMUACCCAGACUGAAUUACCCAUUAAAAAKGAUGCUGCAAUUUCUCAACAUAUUCCCGAAUCAUUUCCAAAGACUCAUUUUAAGAAAGCUAUUCCUGUAUUGAGGCAGAGGCAAAGCACUGAUGAAGAAAUAGAGAGCAUCACUGAAUCCUUGUCAAAGGGUUCAUCCAGUAUUCAAGCAUCAAGCGUGACUCCAGGGUCUUCACCUACAUCAGUUUCAUCUUUGGAAGAGGACAGUGAUAGCAGUCCAAGCCACAAGAAAGGUAGUGGGCAAAGACACCAUCGGAAAAGUAGACAGAGGCACCCCACUCAGUCUCUUCCUACUAUUGAAAACUCCUCUGAUGAAGAAAAGACAAAGACRCAUGACAAACCACUGUCUUCACCCAGUGAUGUGUCCUCUACAGAAGAUUUAAGGCAGGUCACUGUCAUCAACAAAGGCSAUGAAACAUUUGGCUCAGAGUACUCUGCCAGUAAAGAAUYUGAACCAGAUGUUAAGAGAGCUGUACAAAGAGGAYGUAAACCUUCACCAACAGUAAUACCUUACACCCCUUCUGAUCAAUUUGAAGAAAAAGACACAACAGCAAAAUCAUUAAAGAGUGCUGAAGAAGCAUAUGAGGAAAUUAUUCAGAAAACAAAAACUAUUCCAGGAGAAAGUCCCCCUGAUAUUGAACCCCUUUAUGGAGGACUGGCAAUAGAGGACUAUCUUUAUGAAUCUUUAGUAGAGGAACCAGAAAUUAAAAUAAGUGAAACUCAAGAAGAACCUGAAUUUGACACUGCGUCUCAAUCUCUUAAAAAGCUCAGGUCCCCUGAAGAAGUUUAUGAGGAGAUGAUGCAAAAAAAAAGGGAACUGAUGAUGAUAGAGCAAGAAUUUCAACAAGCCUGGACAGCAAUGGAUUCUUCCUCAUUGGAGGCUUUGGUCCAUGAGCUUCCUGCAGAGGCUGAAACUUGUGUGGUGACUAUAUCUGCUGAAGAUGACAUACCYACUGAAGAYACUCAGMUCACUGAACAAAAAGAUACACCUCCCUCAGAUAUUGAUACUUUAAGUGAACUACCAGUAAAGAGAAAAAAACGUCCAGCACCCCCACGCCCAUCUGAGCCCCCUAGGCGCACUGAGGUAACAGUUGUUGCCAGUACUCCCAGUGGAUCCAUAACUUUUGUCAGGCCUAUGGUUCCUCAAAAUMCUGCACUCAGAAAGGCACUGUUUCCAAUACCAGACCUUAAGAUUACUCAGUGCUCAUCUGGUGAAGAAGAGGAUGACAGUCUUGUAGAUGAGUAUGCCAUAGGUAUUUCAUCUGACAUUACCCCCAGUGAUGACUCUGAAACAAAAGAAGAUCAGUCCAUAAGUCCAUCUUUGUCCGAAACCAACGACAUGGAGCCUAUAUGUGUUAUUUGUGAAAUUCCAGAGCCAAAGCCCAUUCCAACUCCAAUAUCAGCCCCAGAACUAACAACUACACCUUCUCCUGUUUCACCAGUUUCACCCCCAACUUCACCAGCUUCUCCAGAUUCUAGUUUGGCCUCAGAUGUGUCAUCAUCAUCUUCAUUUCAGGCUCGAACACCACUUUCAUCUGACUCAACUCCACUGUCCACACCAACCCCUCCAACUUCAAUCAAAGRUCAUUCAGUUGAAGAUACCUUAUUGCCAUUGUCUACCACAUUUGAAGAAGCACCAUCAAGUGAAACAUUAAUUUCUUAUUCUGAUUUAGCCACUGUUGUAGUUACAAUUCCAGAUUUGGUAUCUGAUCCAUCCAAAAUUCAAGCAACACAGASCRUUCAAAGRAAGCCUUCUACAACUAAGACCGCAGCUCCACUCUUGUUUGAGACUUCACCUGCAGUAACUUCUAAGGUCMAAAUGCCAGACUUAGUUUCCACUCCAUCACAAGUACCAAUUAAAGUUCCACCUGUUCUACAAGUUUCAGCACCAAGUCCAGCACCUAUUGUUGUCUCAGCUCAGCCUUUAGCCCAAAUCACAGCUGCACCUAUUGCUACCAYAACUUCAGCUUCAACAAGUGAUCUCUCAUCAUCAKUCUCCGUGGUAUCAUGCCUCGAGCCCGUCAUAGUCCAGAUGCCAGAUUUGGUUUCAACUAAUGCUCCAAUUAUUUUACAAACACCACAACCAAUCUCAGCUGUCAUUACUACCCCAGCUCAAGCUCAAGCGAAAGUAGUACAUUCAGUCCCAGUACAAUCAUCUGUACCAUUAAUGAGAACAGUGGUAGUCCCAGCAAAGGCUCAACCUGAGCAAGGAACUAUAUCAUCUCCAGCAUUAACUACUGUUGUCAAAAAGAAAGUCCCUCCUCCUCCCCCUCCUCGAUCUACAUCAGUUUCAUUACCUGAUACCACCUCUGAGAUGCCCCUUAUAAAGACAGCCAUGUCAUCUGCAUCAGCUAUUGCACCCACAGUCACUGCCCAACCAAUGCAAUCUGUAGUUGUAGAUAUACAGCCAAGAAUGGACAUUGCACAAUUAGGUAAUGCACCUGUUCCUCAAGUAGUGACUCCAACUAGACAAGGACAUGUAGUUAUCAUUGUACCAAGCAUGGAAAAAAUAUCUCUACUUGAACAAACCAAACAGGAUAGAGAUGAUGCAGARUCAAAUGUUGCUUCUCGUGCAUAUGGUAGUCAACAAACUACAAAUGAUACAUGUACAGACACUUCAACUGUGAAAGUGCUUUCAGCUCCACUACUUCAACCUAAACCUACACAUGGAACAAAAGUGGUAUCAAGUGGGGAAGUAACUCCUGUAACAGACCCAACCUCGUCACCUCCACCCCUUUUACCCAAAUCACUUGGAAGCUCUGUUCCCACUUUAGUCACAAGCACUAUAGCAACAGUUGCCCCAGUUUCUGUAACAGUGUCCAGUCCUUGUCAUCUCUCUAAGCCUCCCCCACCCAUACCACCCAAGCCUAUAUCAAUUCCAGCUGGACUAGUUUUUACCCACAAGCCAGGAGAGAAUAUCAGACCUCCUCCUCCUGUGGCACCYAAAGCAGCAACGCUGCCWAGGAUGAAGGAACCUCCAAAAGCCCUGUCUCUUAGCCUUGCAAGACCUUCGGAGUCUAAACUGGGUACAACAUCUCCCAAGUCACCUGUGUCCCCUAGGCAUGCAAAAUGUUUACAGACAUAUGUGGUGAUCACUCUACCAUCCGAGCCUGGCUCUCCAACUGAGACAAUAACAGUUCAAGCACCGGUUAGGCGAAGAUCCAUCCCAUCUUCUGCAGUGUCAGACAUUCAAACAACAGUACCAGAGAAGAAGACACCCACUGAAAUUAUUUCAGCACAGGCYACAGUUAGGAGGGCAUCUGUGCCCACUAUUAAGCAUCCACCUCCGAUUAUUAAAGCAGUCAAUGUGGAAGCAGAGCAAAUAGAAACAUUUGAGGUGGUGACUGGCAAAGUACAAGCAGGGGAAUUCUCUGUGCCCCCUGCAGUGCAACCAAUAUUUUCUGUUGCUGAUGUGAUUACAGUGUCAUCAGAUCAGAAAUCCUGCAUCAUGGCACAUGCUGUAGCACCUACAAUCAAGAAGCCAUAUGUGUCACAACAAGACUCAAUGACUCAACCUCAUGUAACUUCUGAACCAACAUCAGAAUUAKUUCCAAAAURUWAUCUGAUUCUGAGAGAUCAAUCCAUAGCAAAUGAGCAAUCUGGACCAUCUGUGUCUCAGCAUCUAUGUGCAGUUACAGAAGUGGGAACAGUAUUUGCAGCAAGUUUAUCUGAAGAGCCAAUUCUUCAAUCAACCAAACCAAUUGCAACUGUGCAACCAGGGUGUCUUGGGGAAGCUGGUUUUGUGCCAGAGCCAUUGAAACCACAUGUAGAAGUAGUUGUCCAUGGGACACCGCCUGCAGUACACUCUAUAAAUUAUGAUCAGCAAGUUUUAUCUCAAAUAGAUGUGCAAGGUAUAGAGCAYAUGGAACAAGAAAUGGAUAAAUGUGUCACAGAGGCAGUUCUGAUUAGAUCAGCAAUACAAGAUGAGAGUUAUGAAUUUGCAACUGAAGAACCAGAUACAGCGAUUGAAGUUGUUGUUCAUUCUAAAGAUGAAAACAUACCUGGRGUUUUUGAAGAUGCAUUCUCCUUAUCGRAGCUCUCAUCAACUCAACAAACUGAUCAAUCUUUAGAAAAUAUGGUUGCGGUGAGAGACCAGCUAUUCACACACGAGCUAAAUCUUGAUGCUAAAGAAACUACAAAGUUUGAAUACCCCAUAGAAGUUGUCACAACUGACCCUGGUUUUAGGUUGCCUGAGGUUGCUGUAGUAUCUCCUGUACCUCAUCCUCUCACUGUUGCCACUGUUGUGACACCAACAUCUAAAGUGUCUGAGUUAAUGCAACCUACAGUUGCUGAAACUGUCGCUAUUACAAGUAUWGGGUCAACAGUGUCACAUCAWAUGAAAGGAAUUCAACAAGUUUCAACACAGAGAGAUAUUAGAUAUACUCCCCGGCAGAGUGAAAUAAGUGCAGCCACAAUUAUGUCAUAUCCUGUGGCAUCAAUGGAAGAAAUACCAUUGCAAUCUAGACAUGAAAGACAAACAAGAUUCCCACCAAAACAAAAAGAUGAAAUGAUUGGUUACAUGCCUUCAUCGGAGAUACAACACCAUGUACUUGAAGAAUUCCCAGUCAUAACAAAUGAUGAGACUACUUACAGAAGGAGAUCAUCUAUCUCAUCCAUAGUACAACCACCAUACACCACUAGUGAUUCAUUUACUUAUCCUGYAGAGCUUGAAAUGCCUGCUCAGGUAGCUAAAGCAGAGUCACUUGCUGCUGCUAGACAAGAAUCCAUAACCAUGCAACAACCACAGCAGUUUGCACAAAUAAUUACCAUGCCAGCUGAAAAAGACUUUCCAGUGGUUGGCUAUGAAGCUCAAGUAUCUUACAGGAGGGAAUCAAUUCCAUUAUCAGAACAGCAACCAGAAGUCUCGACUCAUCCAUGUGAAUAUGAUAAUUUACUGGACACAAUAACCCAAGAUGUACACACACAUAUAAGCCCAGUAGCCUCUGUACCAGAGAUUCCACCAAGUGUAUCWGUGGCUCCAAUCACCAUCACCAAAAUUCAACAGGAGUCAAUUGAGAGCCAAGAGAUAAGAGGACCAGAAAAGGUGGUCUCCAGUAUGAGUCACAUGUAUUCCUCUUCAAUUUCCACCUCAGGUCAGCCUCCUGAAAGYCUGUCUAGUAGGGUCACCCAAGUGGUCACCACUGAAGUGCAACGGACUACUGUUUCUGUUGUCCAUGAAAGACUUCAACAAGUUCCUCCACAAAGCAUAGCCAUCACUAUACAACCAGACAUAGCGAAAGUCCAACCCCUCCCUAAACAAAAUGGCARGAUUAUUUAUCCUGGUGAUGUUAUUGAUUUACRCACUAUCAGGUCAGGCAUAAAAAUGACAGAGCAAGGCAUGGAUCURACGCCACCCGAGUCUUGCCGACAGUCUGUUUCAAGUGACUCAAGUGGACGUCAUAUUACCGCAGUGCAGCCUGAGAUUGUAAAUCUUAGUGCUGAGCUUAUCCCUGCAACAACACUGUCUGUUGUCACGGACAGCAUCACAAUAGUCACAUGCACAGCAACCAUUGCCUCAUACAAUACCACUCCAGCAGAGAAACCGCUUGAUUUACAYGGUYCUGUUGCAUCACUGCCAUUACCACUCACCACAUCCACAUACAAGCCAUUUGAACCACUUGCACAAAUUGUCUACAAACCUGUAAAGACCCCACCUGUAUUCACUGAUGUAGUAUCUAUGACUCAAGACAUACCCAUGAAUCUUUCCAUUGAAGCUCUUGUCUCCUCUGGAAGAAAACAGUCAUUGACUUCAGCACCAACAAUUAUCAGCAAUGUAGGUCCUAUUAUAUCUCUUGAGGCUACUGGAGCCAUGGACUUGUCAAACUAUAAACCAGUGAGGGCAAUGGUGGCAUUGUCUGAUACAGACCAAGGAGUGGUGACUUCUAUUGUAGAGGAUGAUGGGGUUCCAAUGGACCUUACGGCUGGCAGAAGGAGCAUCUGCUGUGAUGUAAUUUACAAGCUGCCAUUUACYGGAAGCUGCAGAACACAAGCUCCUGUAACAACUCAACCUGACAACCAUGCUGGCUUCAAAGAUCAUGCAGGACUGUAUAGCAUUAAAAGUACUAAUGGGAUAAAAGCAUCAUUAUCUGAGACUAAUCUAACAAGCACAGGACUGUCCUUCUAUGAUCUCAAAAAUGACUACUUCAGCGGCUCUUCUGACACAGCUGUCGACCUAACUGCUGCUAAGCUUUCAGCUGGCGAGGCACGAGACUUCACAAGCAAAGCAACCAGUGUCUACUCAGCGAUGAUUACUUCRCCAUACUCCCAGGUUCCUGCUGCUGGGUUUGGUGUAAAUAGUGCUUUAAGAACCUCAGAUGGAAUAGUUUAUUCCUCUGUUGCAGCACCAGUUCCAUCCACAUAUGCAAUUACAACUCAACCAGGUUCCAUCUUCAGCACUACUUUUACCCCUAUAUCAACUGUGCAGGAUCAGUCCUUACUGCAUUCCUAUGGAUUUGUUCCAACAGAGCCAGGGCAGCUUGUUCCCUUUGAGGCAGAGCUAUCUAAAGAGUUCUUCCCUACAGCCUUGGCUGACAUAAUAACUGGCUACCCCGAAAUGUACUCAGAUACCACCCUGGAAGCAAUUGCUGCUUCUUUAGAUGCACUAGCUUCUUCACCAAUAUUUCCUGGCUUAGACAACACCAAAAUGGCCCAGUAUCAGAUGGAGAGGGAGUUUCUAGAGUUAGAGAAGCUUAAGCAGCUAUGUCUUGCUGAGGAGCUGGAAUGGGAAAGACAAGAAAUCCAGCGUUACAGAGAACAGGAGCAACUUAUGGUGCAAAGAGAACUUGAAGAACUUCAAGCACUGAAACAGCAGCUUCUUCUUCAGCAAGAAGAGGAACAUCAUGCACACAUGGUGGCCCAACAGGAGACCUAUGCUCAACAGAAAGAACAGUUGCAGCAAAUCCAACAACUCCAACUCCAACUCCAGAGGCAACUUGAUGAGCACUACAGCAGCACUGGUAUGACAGGAAACCUUUUAGAAGCUAAAUAUGCAGGAGUAGGGGACAGUGGUCAGUACUGGCCUGUAAAAGAUGAGUCUACGUUUCCAUCUACAUUAACACAAACAGAACAACACCAUGAGCAGCUUAACAUAGUAAAACUUCCAGCUGACCAGGAUAUAGGGAAAAAAAUCCUCGACAGCGGUGUACAAACAGAUGAUGAAGACUCUGCAGAAAAGCAGCAAAUGGGAAGAAAAAAGAAAACAAAGAGAAACAUUGAUAGCUCAGCUCAGUCUGAUGAUGACGAUCAAGAUGAGUGGGAUGCCCCCACCAAAGUUCGACGUCGUUCUCGAAAGCAUAGCAGUGAAGGGAAACAUGGCUCCAAGGUGUCUAGCAUUGCCAUCCAGACAGUAGCAGAAAUUUCUGUGCAGACUGACCACUCUGGAACCAUCAAGAAACCCAGUGUCCAAAUGGACACUAAGGUAGAAAUCAUUAAGCACAUAUCAGCUCCAGAAAACUUUCACAGAGGUGGCAGUCUGAGCUGUCAGACAGACACAGACAGAAGGAACUCACCUGUUGAGGUUGGAUAUAGCACACAACUAACAGCAGAUGUCCCCUCUAAAGCUAAAGUUCUCUACAGCCAAGUCUCUCCAUUAUCUCCAGAAAAGUCCUAUGGAGGACAAAGAAUGCUAACUGCUGACCCAACUAGAUUUUCCUCUGGCCCUCGGAGUUUAAAAGCUGGCCAGAAGUCUCUGUCAGAUCCUAAAUCUCUUAGUCCUUCAACAGAAGACAGAAUUGGAGGAUACUAUACAGAAGGCUAUUCUGUCAGAGGUUCUUCUUCUAGCAGUGGUAAGAAAGUAAAGCGUACCCUACCAGACCCUCCUCCUGAGGAUGACACGUUGGCKGGAAGAUCUGGAUAUAGCACAAACUCUGCUCGUCGCCGUCUUGCUCGCAGCACAACAAUGGCCCGAGCAAAGAUUCUGCAAGAUAUAGACAAGGAACUUGAUCUGGUGGAGAGGGAAUCCUCUAAACUACGCAAGAAACAAGCUGAGCUUGAUGAAGAGGAAAAGGAGAUUGAUGCCAAGUUGCGGUAUCUGGAGAUGGGUAUAAACCGUCGAAAGGAGGCCUUGUUAAAGGAAAGAGAAAAGAGAGAAAGGGCAUAUCUCCAGGGGGUGGCGGAGGAAAGAGACUACAUGUCAGACAGUGAGGUUGGCAACAUAAGAGAAACUCGGGGGGAAGGCCUGGAGAGACCACGGACCGCUCCUCAGUCAGAAUUUGAUCAAUUCAUCCCCCCCCAAACUGAGGCUGAUUCUCAAUACAACACCCUUACAAGUCCCUAUUCUCAAUAUGGUCAGUACGUUCCUCAGACCCAAACCACAAGCCAUUACACCCAGCAGAAUUUGUAUCAGCAGCAGUCGCUAUACCAUCAACAGGUGUCUCCUUACCAAACACUAACGCUCUCCCAUGCUCAAGCUCAGCCAAGCAGCUACCAACAUGCUUUGCUUUUGCAACAAGGAAAGCAGCGUCAAACCACCUUGUCUGAGUUAGAGCCCAAAAUUACCACCAACUAUGAGGUGAUACGCAACCAACCUCUGCUCAUUGUUCCAUCUUCUACAGAAAGUGGCUAUGGGGUUGCUCACAUGGGUGGCAAGUAUGGCAACUUAGAUUUGAGGUUAGAGGAAAGAAGUAUGGCCUCUAGUCCCAUGUCAAGUAUUUCUGCUGAUUCCUUCUAUGCUGAUAUUGACCAUCACAAUGCCAGGAACUAUGUGCUUAUAGAGGACAUAGGAGAGCUUACCAAGGCUUCAACAGGACUUGGCAGUUCUGCCAUGGGUUCUGGAUUUAGCCUGCCUGAUAAAGAGCUAUCAAAAGCAGACAGACUACUCAGGGCAGCUGAAGCCAGGCGUACAGCGGAGGUAGCUGAAUUUUUGGGCUCAUCGCGCUAUGGAAAAGGAGAAGAUGACUCUAUGGAGGAACCCUAUGAACUGAAGUUGCUGAAGCAGCAAAUCAAGCAAGAGUUUAGACGGGGAACUGAAGGGUUAGAACAUUUAACAGGCCUUGGUCUUUCCCAGUAUCUCUCAAGUGAUAGCAGUUUUCGCCACUUCCCUAAAGGAGAGAAAUAUAGCAUUGGACGACUCACUCUUGAAAAACAGGCUGCAAAGAAUCUUCCCGCAGCUAUGCUUUACCAGAAACAGAUGAAGAACAAAAAGGCAUUGCUCGACUCAAAGGCCAUCACAAAAUUUUCCCCAAUUCAGGAGAGUAGGGACCUUGAGCCUGAAUUUGGUAGCUACAUGGGAUCUGGAACUUCUUCUGUGUCCAGUCUAGCAGCUAGGGCUAGGUUACUUCAAGAUGAAAUUACAUUUGGGUUAAGGAAAAAUUUGUCUGAGCAGCAAAAAUAUUUGGGGUCUUCUUUAGGAGCCAACCUUUCAGGUUCUCUUAACCUUGGCCAGUCCCUUAGCUUAGGAUCCWCUAUCAGAGGCAACAUUCAGGAGGAUGGCACAUAUCCAAGUGGCACUCGAUCCCGUCCCUCUUCUCGACCCUCUUCCAGACCCUCUUCUAUAUAUGGCUUAGAUCUGUCUAUCAAAAGGGAUCUCUCUAGUUCCUCACUCAGACUAAAGACAGAGGGGGAGGUCCUGGACGCAGCAUUUGCUCCUGGAGUCUCCAGAGCAAAACCUACUAGUUUGCCUAUCAGCCAAAGCCGGGGCCGUAUCCCCAUUGUGGCUCAGAACUCUGAGGAAGAAAGUCCUCUGAGCCCAGUGGGGCAGCCUAUGGGUAUGGCUAGAGCUUCUGCUGGUCCUCUGCCUCCCAUUUCUGCUGACUCUAGGGAUCAAUUUGGGUCUAGCCAUUCCUUGCCAGAAGUACAACAGCAUAUGAGAGAGGAAUCUCGGACACGUGGCUACGAUAGAGAUAUCGCAUUCAUCAUGGAUGAUCUGCAGGGUGCCAUGUCUGACAGUGAAGCCGGAGGCCCAAACUGGAAUAUAGAAGCCUACCACUUGAGGAGAGAGGACACAGAUUGGUUUGAUAAGCCAAGAGAAGGGCAGNCAUUAGAAACUUCUCCUUGUUCAGCCUACCACUUGAGGAGAGAGGACACAGAUUGGUUUGAUAAGCCAAGAGAAGGGCAGCCUCAGAGUGGAUACAUGUCAGACAGGAGACAGAUGAAAUUGGUUCCUUACACYUUCCCUCACACUCGUGUGAAGCUUAAGAGAGACAUGACAGACACCAGCGUCUCAGGCAAUGGACUUGGGGUCCGUGUCGUGGGUGGCAAGGAGAUUCCAGGCAGUCGUGGUGAGAUUGGAACCUACAUUGCUAAGGUUAUUCCUGGAGGCAUGGCGGAACAAACAGGGAAAAUUGUAGAGGGGAUGCAGGUGUUGGAAUGGAAUGGAGUUCCGCUAACAGGGAAGACUUAUGAAGAAGUGCAGUGCAUUAUGGGCAACGCUGGUGCAGAGGCGGAGCUCUGUGUGAGACUUGACCUUAAUAUGCUGUCUGACCCUGAGCACCCACAGGCCCUGGAUCACCAUAUCCAACUCAAGGCUGGAGGUCAGCGAUCUCCUGGUGUGGACCCUAAACAGUUAGCUGCAGAGCUCCAAAAGGUAUCCCAACAGCAAACUCCUGACAUAGCAGGAACAGGGUCUGGGGGCUUCGGAGUCCUGUCUGCAUUGGAACGCUCGGCCCUCCUCCACUCGGGCCCUGGGUCAGCAGCCUCCAGUGGGGUCCCAAGCCCUGGGCAACCGGGAUCCCCUGCCAUCAACAAGAAACAACGUCACAAGCCAACAGAGGUGAUGAAAUCACCUCAUCCCAUUACUGGAGAAAUUCAGCUCCAGAUUAACUAUGACAGGAAUCUGGGAAACUUGAUCGUACAUGUUCUGCAGGCAAGAAACUUGGCCCCCCGAGACAAUGACGGUUACUCUGACCCUUUUGUGAAGGUCUACCUUUUACCAGGAAGAGGCCAAGUCAUGGUUGUCCAGAAUUUAAAGAAAAAGACACUGGAAGUAACAGUGUGGGACUAUGACAGAUCCUCCUCCAAUGACUUUCUUGGAGAAGUUCUGAUUGACUUGUCAAACACAGCUCAGCUGGACAACACUCCCCGCUGGCUGCCUUUGAAAGAGCAGAGUGAAAGCAUCGAACAGAGCAGAAGUCACUAUGCUUCCCAAGCUCCACCAGGGUCUGGGUCAGGACAGGGUCAUGGUCAAGGACAUUUCACAGGUCAGGGUCAUAUCUCAGGAUCUGGACAGGGACAUGGAAUGGGACAAAGUCAAGGACCAGGACAGGGAGAUCUGRGUCAUGAUUCACCUAAGAACUCUGUGAUCAAGAGCAGAAGCCAUGGAAUCUUCCCCGACCCAGCCAAAGACAUGCAAAUGUUACCUUUGGAAAAGUCCCACAGCAGCCCAGGCAGCUCCAAGUCUUCCUCUGAUGGCCAACUGCGCUCGCAUGGCCCAUCCCGAAGUCAAAGCAAGAGUAGUGUCACUCAAGCCCACCUUGAGGAUGCUGGGAUAGCCAUUGCUGCCGCAGAGGCUGCCGUGCAGCAGUCCCGCCUGCAACCAAGACCGGGACACCGACUAGGUGAUGUCUCAGGGUCAGUGGUGCUGUCUGCCCCAAGCCUUGUUGGAGAUGCCUAUGGUGGUAUGGAUSGGGAUGAAGGGGUGGGCAUUGGAGUGGACAGUGCCAUUUUUCAAGUCCCACGAAUUGGUAAGACUAUUCCUAACGGUACMGACAAAAACCAACAAAUCACUCCAGAAAAUGAAGGUGGUAAAACUCAAGUAAUUGGGGAAAUUAAGGUUGCUCUUAAGAAGGAGGUGAAGACGGAGGGAGACCAGCUGGUCCUAGAAAUCCUUCAGUGCAGAAAUAUCACUUAUAAGUUCAAAAGCCCGGACCAUCUGCCAGACCUAUAUGUCAAGUUGUAUGUGGUGAAUGUAGCCACUCAGAAGAGGAUCAUCAAGAAAAAGACCAGAGUUUGUCGACAUGACCGAGAGCCUUCCUUUAAUGAGACCUUCAGAUUCCCCCUCAACCCAACGGGACAUUCAAUACAGCUUUUCUUGGUGUCCAACGGUGGGAAGUUUGUGAAGAAGACUUUGAUAGGAGAAGCCUACAUCUGGCUUGACAAGGUGGACAUGAGGAAGAGAGUGGUCAGCUGGCACAAACUGUUCGUCAGCUCUAACCUGACUAACCCUUGAGUGCAAAACAGUAAUUUGAAAGAAAUAACAAGCAAAAAGGAAGGAAGAAAUCAAAAGAGCAAGAUAACAGAAAUAUUAAAUAAAUGAUGUAGUGAGUUUAUAGAUCUUUAGAUGAAGGGAACUAUGUGACGAUAACAUUGCAUGUCUUGUCAGUCCAACACUGCCAGCGCACGUUUCCCUCUUCUAAUAUCAGUUUUCUUUAGACUUUGCUUGGAUGCAAACAUGCAAAGGCAGUUACUGAUUGAUAUUUCCCUGAAAUAUGGCUUAAAGACAGUUAUGUUUUUGAUAACAUAGUUCAGCUGUAUGAUCCAUAAUAAUAAUUUUGAUAUUGCACAAGAGGACUUCACCAACUAACUUAAGAAAAAGUUUGAAAAUUUUAAUUAAUUAAAAAAAAAUGUAUGCAAUUGUUAUGAAACUUUACAUCAGUGGUGUGGAACGCAUAAUUAUUUUUUAAUGACAGAACUUCUAAUUUAUGUCAGAAAAAAUAUGAGACUGUUGAACUUUUGCUGUGGGAUAAAGAUUAAUUGUACAGCACUUCUAACAUUUCUGUUAUCCCACAUGCAGACCACAGAGCAUAUCAAAGAAUUGUACAGUGUGAUAUAUAUUAAAACCUUAAAAUUAGCAUAUACAGAAUAUAACUAAAUGCAACACAGAGUUAUUCUCUUGUCAGAUUAUAUUAUCAGACAAUAUCAACAAAAGUUCUAGGUUGAGGCAGUGGGUGGCGCACUGACAAUCCAGUAAUCUAAUGUAAAAGCAGUCCUCAUAACAUUUAGGUGAAUAUGGACCUUUGUGAGCUCCAGGUAGGCCAUAUUGUCACACUGAUGCACCUCUGUGUUGAACAGGCCUCAAAUCAUGGGUCAAGUCAACAUCAAUGGAUAAAUUACUAUAACACAAGCAUCAUAUUUAGGGGGGAGACUAGAAGAAAGAAUAGCAUCUUGCACAUGCUGUGUUGAAUGUAACAAAUGUUACAACUGUUCAGAAUGACAGACGUUUACACAUCUGUGUYAUUUGUGCAACAUUUUACUCUUAGUUUGCUGCAGUUUUUUUUUUCCUCUAUGUAGGUAUCUUCAUGUUAUCACUGUUGCUAUGGACAUGUAAAUUUUAGAAGUUGUGUCAAAACCACAAGUAAAUCUAAAAGCUCCGUGUGAUUGCUCGGSUGUCUGUGUGUUAGCAAAGCCCUUCUAUUUUGGCUUUAUCUGGAAAUAAUUUCAAAAUGUAGAUAAAAAAAAAAGUCAAAUGCUCCUCUGUGUCUCUGGCUAUAAAACACACAAAAAAUGUUUUGUCUCAGUGACUCCUGUUAAACACAGUGGACCAGCAUCUUUCACUGCCUGUGAUCAAAUUAUUUUCUCAGGCAUGAUCAGGGUCAGAGGAACACAUAGAGCCAAGUCUCAUUACUCAUGUGUAUGCAGGGGACCCAUGUAUACGUUCUUGUUCAUAUUUUAAUAUUUUGCAACCACAUCAAUAAAAUCAGAAAAGAAGAUAAAGAAAAAAAUGUGAGAAAAAAAAAAUUUAAGAGAAGUACUGUCGGUGUGUUUAAUUGUAAAGCAGGGCUGAUACAACUUUCCAUCAAGAAACACACAAAGAGCAAGAUGUCACUCAUACAUUAAGGUAUAGUGCAGAAGAAA